AUGAGUGUUAAAGGGCUUUCGCAUAUUCAUCGCAAAGGACUCGUCCACUGUGACCUCAAGCCGGAGAACAUUCUUGUGUUUCCUUCAUUGGAUAAAGAGAUUGCAAACUAUCAAUUGAAGAUCACGGAUUUUGAAUUAUCGAAGACCAAAGAGGAGGAAGCAGAUGUUGAGUUGUGGAAGUCCAAGCCUAGAGGUAUGCUGUCAUACUUGUCGCCGGAAGCAUUUUCCGGUCAUAUUGAUGCUCCGAUUGAUAUAUGGGCACUUGGUUGCAUAGUGAUUGAAAUGCUCACUGGAUUGCCUGCCUGGGGGCCUGAUGGCUAUGCCAUAGGGUUUCUUGGGUUAGGCCGUCUUCUUCUCCUUGAUGGCUUUGCCGAAAAGGAGUUGGAGUCGGGCGAAUGCAGACGGAACUGCCGGAAGAAGGCGCAGAUGCAACUGCCGGAAGAAGGUGCAGACAAGCCAUAG